CACAUACAAAUCUGAUUUUAUUAUUAUGAACUGCUUUAAAAACCAUUAUGGUUGAAAAGAGGAAUGCAAAUAUUGCAUUUAAAAAACAACGCCAUGCAUGUCAUAGCAUAUCUGCAAACUCUUUUAAUUUUUACAGAAACCGAAGCACACAGAAAAGUUCAGUGAACAUUCCUUUCACCUUAGGGGAUGGACAGAUGGUGAUGUGAUAUUGAAGUAUGCAAAUAAAAGAAACAGGCUCUAAAUAUGUUUGCAUUAUUCACAGGAUGGCUGGCAGUCAGAAGAGCAGUUCAUCUCUCUUCAAUGAACAAACACCACUCUCAAAAAGUUCUCAAGCAAAAAGAUCCGAGAAUUAUGAAGAGGAAACAUUUUAUAGAAACUGCAGAGCAGCCUAUUUAGCUGUAUUUAAAAGCAGUUUAGAAAACAUUAAAUCUAAAGAACAAUUGUGUUUGGUACUUCAGCAAGCUGGAAGAAAUCCAUCUCAGAAGAUAGUUAAUAAAUACUGGACUUUCCAAACCACCACACUGAAUUUUGAUGAUUUUUGUUUCAUCUUAAAACAAGAAGAACCUCUUAAGAAAACAGAGCUACUCAAAGCAUUUGCUGAAAUAGAUUCAAAUAAUGAUGGCUGUAUUUUGCACAGUGAACUUCGUAAAAUUCUUACAACCAGAGGCGAAAAAAUGACUCUUGAUGAAGUUAAUGCAAUCACUGAACUGGCUGAAGUGAACGAUGAUGGCAAGUUUGACUAUUACAAGUUUUGUAAAUUGUAUAUGACAACCAAUGAGCAGUGUCUGAAGAAUGCUCUAGAGAAACUGGAAGUUGACUGUAAACUGAAGCGUCAGCAGUUUGGAAGUCAGCUUGAGGCCUCAUCAGAAAUGGCAACAUCACCAGUUUUAAAAUCAUUACCAAAAACUGCAAGGAAAACAGAACCUGGACCAAUGCUAAAAAGAGGUCACUGCAAGACUUCUUUGCGAUGUUCCUCGGCUCCAAGUUGCAAAACUAGUGUUUCUUCCAUUAUCAGUAUGGAUGCCAGCAGCAACAAAAAUGUAAACUUCAUUGAGGCAAAGGUAGCAAAGGAAUGGCAAUAUGCACAAUCCAAAGGAUGCUUCUACUUACAGAACAAUGGAGAUAUAAUUAGUCAUAAAUAUAAGUUGCUCUUACCCCAGAAAUCUGCAGUAUGUAUCACCAUUAAGCCUGUAAACCUUAGCCAGACAGAAGGAAAACCCUCCUCAUGGUUAGCAGUGGACACAGUUUUGUAUAUGUUAAAGGAAAAUGAAACUGAAGAAAAUACGCAGAUUCUGAACUUCACUGAGCUACAAAAUAAAGAGGCUUUUGGUUGGAAAGGAGAACUUGGAACUGGUGUCUAUUGGUUAAUCCCUUUCACCACUGGCUGUAGAUUCAGGAAAAUGAAAAAACAAAUUAAAGAAGAAGCCAAACUUGUGUAUGAAGAUGGAAAUGGAGGUUUGGCACCUACCAAGGAGUUCAGAACAGUCUUAUCAGAAAUAUUUGAAAUGAUUGAUUUGGAUGGGAAUGGCCUUCUCAGCCUGGAAGAAUACAAUUUCUUUGAAAUGCGAACCAGUGGUGAGAAGUGUGAUGAAGAAGCUUGGGCCAUAUGCAAAGACAAUUUUGAUACAAAGAACAAUGAACUCACGAAAGAAGGAUUUAUGGCUCUGAAUCUCAUGGAAGCCAGUGAACCAGGUGGGGAUCUUACAGGCCUCUGGGAGAAUUUGCUGUCAAUGGGCUACAAUAAAGCAAUGGAAUUGACUGAGGCAUGCCCCUUUUCCAUUCAUAUCUAUGCAGAAAACUGCAAACCCAGAAUUAAGCCUGUUUGUCUGGAAACGGGUGGUGAGCAGCUUAAGAAUGCCAUUUGUAUGAGUGUGGUUAAUAAAGGAGAUGCCAAGCCAAUGGAUCGCAGUGAAAAUAUAAUUAUUCACACAUACAAAAGUGAUACGCGAAUCACCUCUAUCAUUGAAAACAAGUCUGAAAGCAAAGCAAUCAUUCAUCUCAACAGCGAGCAAAGUAAAAAUUGUGUAAAUAAUAGAGGGCUCAACGUUUUUGCCAUAGAAGUGGCACCCAAAUCCAUGAUGGUGUGUCACCAUGUGAUGCCUUUGAAUGACAAAGAAGGAUGGAUAUAUAGCUGUGCUUAUUCUAUCUUGUCUUAAUUUAUGGUUACAAAACUGCACGCUCUUGUUUCUUGUACAAAAGGUUCCAUUUUGGACUGCUCUCUGAUUUGGGGAUGGCUUGAUUUAGCUCAUCAUAAUUCAAAAUCUGUUCCUUAUUUUGGAUCUGCUCAUGGAUCUUGUAGUACCAGUUACAUUUCAACCUUUCUGUAUCACAAACCAUCUUUUUCUUGCUUGUUGUUUUUCCCUUUCUGGACAGCUUCACAAUAAGAAAGAGAGCUCAAAGUUCCUACAUACCUCAACGUUCUUACGCAUACUAGACAUUGCUGUGCAUAAUGUACAAAUACAAAAAUGAUGCUUAAUUUCGCUGUUUCUCAGUUCCUAUUCAAAACUGGAGCGCUCAAUGGUUAGAUCUUUGUAAUGAGUUGGCUCUGACCCUUUCUCUGUGACUUCCACCUAGCUAUGGUCAUUAACGCCUUCAUAAACUUGAAUCUUUACUAUUGGUGUGUGUUCCACAUACUACUGGUCUUGAAGACUGUGCAGGGCCCCACUCAUUUUCCACCUGGUGUAUGAUGGGUCACCAGGAAAAAUUACAGCAGUGCACCAUUGGCUGCAAUGUCUUCUUUAAAAUGCUACCCUCGAUCUACAAAGCUCUCAGAGAUUACUGAAAGAUUACUUUCUCUCUCCAUCACCCUUACAAUGACUAAGAUAUAUUCUUCCUUGAGCACCAUUUUCUUGAUAGAAAGGUGGAGCACAAAU